AUGAACCAGGAAUUUUAAUCUCAUCAAGGCAAACAGUAAUUUAAAAUCUAAUCUUUCCUACAAGGAAAAGCAAUAAAAGCCAAAAAACUCAACAAUAGCUUUCUCCUUCAGAAUUAGAGAACGAUAGCGUUACUCCAUAAUGGAAUGCUGGUAUACUUUUCAAAAUGCUUCAAAUCCAUAUAAUUAGAAGCUGAUCUUAUUAAGUAAAAACCUAAAUAUGGAGUCUAUUUCAAUAAUGUGUUUUAUUCUUGUGUUUAAAUUUCUGAAAAAGAAGUUGAAUUAAUUGUAAAGUUUAAGAGAUCCUAAUUAUUCAACUUUGAUGAUAAAUUAUUUAGUUUUGUGAAGGAUCCUAAGUCCCAAGACAUUGUUCUUUGGAUCUUUACCAUUCCAAUAGAUGUUUAGAUCAAUAAAUAAAACUGUGAUCCUUUUAAAGGAUGUAACAGUUUAAAUUCUUUAAAUAAUCUCCAAGCUUCUCAUCUAGAGGAAAAAUCACAAAAAAGUAACAACCAGAUGGAUUAAAAGGAAAAAAUAUCAAUUGAAUAUAGAAUUAAUACAACAAAAACCAAAAACCAAAAAAGGGUUCAAUGGCUUGAUAUUUGGACUCAAAAAUAAAUUCCUGAAUCAAAUAUUUAAUAGUUCAAUUCAGAAUAGACAACCUAAAAUAGUAAGUCAACUUAGUAAGAUGAUUAAUUAGAAACGUAUGAAGAAAAAACAGAUCUCAAGAUCAAAAACAUUGAAAUUAGAAGGCUUUCUUUCACAUGA